AUCCGUCAUUUUUUGUAUAAUUGCAGAGAUCCGGGACCUCUGGGAAAUUAUAUACAAAUAAAGACAAAACGCGGACAGCCCACUAUCUCUGUAUGGUCCACCAUUUUUUCCACCUCCCACUCACAACCUAAAUCAGUCUAAGCGUCUCAAGAUCUGCUUCUCUUUCAAACCUUGAGCACCAUGAGCAACAAACCCUUGUGGCGAAAUUGUUUUCAAGAUGUUGAGUGAAGCUAAAAAUCUCCCCCCUUACUUGAGAUUUGCAAUUUGUUGCUGAUCUACCGUAGUAGCUUUAUUCUCUUGCUCCCAAGCAAAGAUGGAGGAGUACUCACACAACCUAGAGAAAAAUCUGGAGGAUUUGGAGGUGGAAAUGGGAACCCUCAAUGCAAUGAUAUAUGAGUUGUUAAAAAGGGUGUCGAAAGAGAAGGACAGAGGUAUAGAAACGCUAGCUGAAGUGGAGGAAUGGAUUUCAAUGGCAGAAGAAACUGAAUCGAAGGCGAGUAGUCUCCUUGAUGAAAGUAUUUCAGGAUGUCACGAUUUAUCAAUGUAUGAUGAUAUUUCCAAGAUAUCUCAAUCGACCCUUCAUUAUAGCGAGACGGUGUGUACGACGUUGAAAGAAGUUAAAGCACUGAGAUCUAAGGGAGUUUUUAAAGUAAUAGUUGAGAGAGCUCCCUUGUCUUACGUCAAAAAGAUGCUCCCACUUCACCCAAUUGAUUCUGGAGAAAUGUUGGCAGAAGAAGCAUGGGAUUUUUUUCAAGAGAUUAUUGGAGAAACAACGUUAAAAAGUCAUCCAGACAUACCCCAGCUGGCAAGAAUAGUUUGUAGAAAAUGUCGUGGUUUGCCCAUUGCUCUCAGUCUCAUCGGCGAGACCAUGUCACGCAAAAGGACUGUACAAGAAUGGCAUCAAGCAAUUAGUGUUUUGGUUUCGUCUACCCCAGAAGUUUCAGGCACUGAAGAUGAGCUUCUUUACAUUUUGAAGUUUGCGUACGAUAAUCUGCCUGGUGAGAAUAUCAAGUCGUGCUUCUUGUAUUGUGCUCUGUUUCCGAAAAGUUGUGAUAUAAAUAAACAAGAUCUGGUAGACUGUUGGAUAGCCGAAGGAGUAAUUGAAGAUGAAGACAGAGAGAUAGCUGAGAUACAGGGAUAUGAAAUGAUGGCUGAUUUGGUUAUGAUGAGAUUGUUGAUUGAUGAUGAAUCUGAACAUGAGGUAAAGAUGCAUGACAUGGUUCGUGGAAUGGCCUUGUGGAUAGCCACUGACUGCGGGAGGCAGAAAGAAAACUUUGUCGUGGUAAGCGGUGAGGAUAGACAUCAGAUGCCAGAGGUGAAUGAUUGGAGUAACGUUAGAAGGAUGUCAGUAACAUCUACUCAGGUUGACAAGAUAUCCGACUCUCAUGAUUGUCCCAAGCUUACGACUCUAUUUCUCCAAGAAAACAACUUAAAAUGGGUCUCGGGUGAUUUCUUUCGGUGGAUGACCAGUCUUGUGGUCUUGAAUCUAUCGCGUAACAAAGAACUUUCUGAGUUGCCGGAAGAAGUUUCAAGCCUGGUGUCCCUGCGGCUUCUCAACUUAUCAUGGACGUGGAUAAAACGUUUGCCGCUUGGUCUGACAGAGCUGAAAAGGUUGAUGCACUUGGAUUUGGAUGACACCCCUCGUCUUCUAGAAGUUGACGUGAUAGGUUAUUUACUGAAUUUGCAAGUGCUGAGAUUAUUCCGGUCAGUUCCGAUGGAUCGCAGCUUAUUGGAGAAUAUACAACUUUUGGAAAAUCUGAAAGAGCUGAAUCUAACCGUGAGAGAAGUUGAUGUUUUGGAGCGGCUACAAAGUAUCCACAAGUUGGCAAGUUGUAUCCGACAUUUACAUCUCAAAGGGAUUACAAUAAAAGAUGGAGGAACACUACUGCUGAACUCUAUGUUGAGUCUUCGCGAACUUAAUAUUGGGAUGUGUGAUAUCCCGGAGAUAACCGUUGAUUGGAGAAGCACCAUCCAAAGAGAGACGAUACAUUUUGGUAACAUUCAGAAAAUUCCGUAUUUACAGAACAUACGCACAGUGGCUCUUUCUUGGUGCAAAGGUCUCAAGGACUUGACAUGGUUGCUAUUAGCCCCGAAUCUCGGCGAUCUAAGGUUACUUGAAUGUCAGCAAAUAGAACAUAUAAUAAACAAAGAGAAACCCACAGGUGAUAUGAGUGAGGAGCCUUUUCAAAAUCUAACUAGGCUCAGCCUAGAAAGUUUGCCUCAACUAGAGAGCAUCUACUGGACUCCUCUACCCUUUCCAGUUCUGAAAGAUCUUUGCAUAAGAGGUUGUCCAAAGCUGAGAAGACGUCCGUUUAGCAAUAAAGGAAAUCAAGUGCGAUCAGAUGUUGGCCAAAAAGGAGUUGAAAGGGAGGAUGAAGCUAUGAAGCAACAUCUCUCCAAUUUUGAUGACAGGGAUUUUCUGAAGAUGGAUGAAGACCAGAACAUGGAGGGUUUGGCAUCUGAGUCGCAUCCCAAUAAGAACAUAGCCCUGGUCGACACUUCAGAGAGAGGAAAAUUUAGUACCAAUGCAAACAGCAUGACCGAUUUUGAUGACAGUCCUAUGUUACAUGGAAACAGGAGCGGAUACGUGGAAGCGGAAACGUAUGCAAGCGCAGAAGCGAGAUUAUUAAGAAAAUUAGGAAGCGGGGAUAUCCCAACAGUGGCUGAAGACCAGAAGAUGGGUGGUUUGGUAUCUGAGUUACACCCCAAUGAAAACGUAGCCCUGGUCGAGACUUCAGAGAGAGGAAAAAGUACCAUCGCAAACAGCAUCACCAAUUUUGAUGACAGGGCUUGCAGGGAUUUUCCGACAUUGGCUGAAGACCAGAAGAUGGAUGGUUUGGCAUCUGAGUCACACCCAGUCGAAGACAUAGUCCUGGUAGAGACUUUAGAAAGUGAAAAAGGUACCAUCCCAAACAGCAUCACCGAAGAGAAUGUGUUUCAAUCGGGAAAACACGCAACUCUGGAACACACACAAUCAUACCCAGUUUUGGCGCCAGAUGGCAUGAUCCACAAUAUGACUGACACUCCUGCAGGAGGAACCAUUAUGGCUGGGGAACUUGUGUCUUUUGGAAUACAAAAGCUUUGGGAGUUGCUUCGCCAAGAAAGCGAGCGUUUUCAGGGAGCUUCGGAUGAAAUAGAUAUGGUAAAAAGUGAUUUACUCUAUUUAAGGGGAUUUUUAGCAGAUGCAAAUGCCAAAAAACAUACAAGGGAGGUGAAAAGUUGUAUUGAAGAGAUCAAAGAAAUUUUUUUUGACGCGGAAGAUAUUAUUGAGACAUAUCUUCUUGAAGAAAACCCCCCAAAAACUGGUGUCUUCAAGAGGCUUUUCAGAGGGCGUGCUGGCAGGAAAUUUGCUUUGGAUAUGAAUAGCUUAAGCAAGAGGAUUUCUAAGAUAAUCAGCGUUAUGCAAGCUUUUGGAGUACACCAGGUUAUUACUGAAGGCAAGGAUUCACAACCUCUUCUACAAAGACAAAAAAGGAUGCGACAAAAAUUUGCUGGAGAGUACAAACCCAAUUUUGUGGGGCUGGAAGAAAAUGUUGAGAAAUUGGUUAGUCUUUUGGUCGAGGAAGACAAUAUUCAAGUGGUUUCCAUAACCGGGAUGGGUGGUCUUGGUAAAACUACCCUCGCUAGACAAACUUUUAAUCACGAUAUGGUAAAACACAAGUUUGAUAGGUUCGCAUGGGUGGGUAUUUCACAAGCUUGUAACCGAAAGAUUGUGUGGCAAAUGAUCUUGCGGAGUCUCUUGGCCAAAAAAGAUGAAGAUAGUAUUUUGCAUAUGACUGAAUCUGAACUCCAAGAGCAAAUCUUUCUAUUGCUGGAAGCAUCCAAAUCAUUGAUUGUCAUAGAUGACAUAUGGAAAGAAGAAGACUGGAAGCGAAUCAGUCAAAUACUUCCAAACACAAAAGGUUGGAAGGUGCUACUUACUUCUCGAAAUGAGAAUGUCGCUGGAGACACAAGACACAUCAACUUCAAUCUAGAAUUAUUAACAACUGAUGACAGUUGGACACUUUUGCAAACGAUAGCAUUUCCUAGAAAGGAUGCAUUCGGGGAAGCAUAUGAGGAAAUGGAAAAGAUGGGUAAGCAUAUGAUCAAAUAUUGUGGGGGACUGCCAUUGGCUGUGAGAAUAUUAGGAGGUUUAUUAGCGAAGAAAUACAAACUGCAUGAGUGGGAAAUGAUAUGUGAGAAUGUUGAACGCCAUCUCAUGGGAAGAACUGAUUUCAAUGAUGACAACAAUAUUUUGCGCUUCCAUGUAAUGUCUCUGAGCUUUGAAGAGUUGUCUAGUUAUUUGAAGCAAUGCUUCCUUUAUUUGGCAAUUUUUCCAGAAGAUCAUCGAAUAAGUGUGGGGAAACUGUCUUAUUACUGGGCAGCAGAAGGAUUCACCGGUACGUAUUACGAUGAAGAGACCAUUCGAGAUGUUGGAGAUAGCUAUAUAGAGGAGCUCGCGAGGAGAAAUAUGGUUACUUUCGAAAGAGACAGCACGGGCUUGAGGUUUGAAACCUGUAGUAUGCAUGACAUUAUGAGGGAAAUGUGUUUGACUAAAGCAAAAGAAGAGAACUUCCUACAAACUGAUGUUACUCGCAGAUUUGUCUGCCAAAAUACUACCACAUUAGAUGUUGAGAGAGAUAUAAAUAAUCCAAAACUUCGGUCUCUCUUAGUUAUCCUUAAUUCGGAGGGGGAUUUUUGUAGGCUAUCUGGUUUAAGGUUCACAAGGCUACAACUUCUGAGGGUGUUAGAUCUCGAUAAAGCCAAGUUUGAAGGAGGGAAGUUACCUUCUGACAUAGGAAAGCUCAUCCACUUAAGAUACUUGAGCUUAGAAUCUGCUGAGGUAUCUCAUCUACCUUCUUCCCUACGAAACCUGAUGUUGCUGAUCUAUUUGAACAUAGAUGUAGCUGAUAUUGAUAUACAUGUGCCCAACGUUCUGAUGGAGAUGCGAGAAUUGAGAUACCUUGCAUUACCAAAGUUUAUGCAUGAGAAGACCAAGUUGGAAUUGGGUAAUCUAGUAAACUUGGAGACCUUGGAGAAUUUCUCAACAAAGAAUAGCAGAUUAGAGGAUCUCCGUUGUAUGAUCAGAUUGAGGACUCUUUCAAUCAAAGUAACUGGUGAGACCUCUUCAGAAACUCUCUCUUUAUCAAUAAGUGGCCUGAGACACCUGGAAAAUCUCGUCAUACAUGAUCGCCUGAGCUGGAUCAAAGAGGGAAUUGUUUUACAUUGCGAUGAUCUCAUAAAGCUGGAGCUGUUUAUGUAUAGGCCAGUGAGGCUAGAAAAACAACGCUUCCCUUCUCACAUUACAUACAUAUCUCUAACUGAGUGUCGUUUCGAGCAUGAUCCGAUGCCACUAUUAGAGACGUUGCAGCACUUGAGAAAGGUUAAGUUAUUGGAUCGGUCUCAUUGUGCGAGAAGAAUGGUUUGCUCGGGUAGUGGGUUUCCGCAGUUGCGUGAGCUUGAGUUAGUCUUACUAGAGCAGUUGGAAGAGUGGAUAAUAGAGGAAGGCUCCAUGCCUCUUCUUCAUAGUUUGGACAUUACUGACUGUAACAAGUUAAAGGAAAUUCCAGAGGGGCUGCGAAUUAUCCCUUCCUUAAAGAAUCUGACUUGUUAUAGUAUGGGUAAGGAAUGGGAGGGAAGAUUGUCGGAAGGAGGAGAAGAAUAUUACAAAGUCCAGCACAUUCCCUCUGUUAAGUUCUAUGGUGCAUGAGGUCCUCAGCAAUUACAGACGAAUCUGAUCUGAAGUGAAUCUCUUAUCGAGUUGGGAAUCAGCUUAUCGAAGAUAACAAGCAAGAACAGUAAUAAUAAUAAACUCUCUGCAUUUUUCUUAUGCUCUAUAAUUUAUCAGACUUGCCGUUUUCUGUUGGAGUAUCAUGAAGAAGAACAAAAAUUUCUUUGUUGUUGGAAUCAAAGUUGAUUUUAUAUAUUUUUGCUUGUUUGACUGAUGAUACUCACCUUGUUCAAUCAUUGAUAUUGUAUUAGAGCGGAAGAUAGACUCAUUGGUUUGUUUCUUUUUCUA